AUGACACAAGCAAAGUUCCUGGACAAGAAGUCCACGCAUCUUCAGAAUUUCCGUUGGUACAAAGAUGACGACGGCAUUCUCCGGCUUUACGGGCGUCUCCAGCAUUCCGAACAACCAGCAGCGACUAAGCACCCAAUCCUACUACCGCCUGCUUCGGAAGCCUGGUUCACCCGCCUCAUGGUUCUUCGCGAACACGAAAGGAUGACCCACGCCGGGGUUCAGGAGACGCUACAUCAGCUACGGGAGGAUUACUGGGUGAUCAGAGGAAGGCAAUCUGUCAAGUACGCCCUGCACCACUGCUACUUUUGCCGACGUCUCCGAACACAUUCAUGCACCGAGCAAGAGGCGCCCCUACCGAAGGAUCGAGUUUCACAGCAAUUUCCGUUUGACGUGGUCGGGGUACACUUUGCAGGUCCACUGUAUUACAAAACAGCGCACGGAUAUUCAAAGUCGUACGUGACACUCUUCACUUGCACAGCAACACGAGCCAUUCAUAUAGAGUUGGUAACGGACCAAGCCUUCGGCACCUUCCUCAUGGCGUUUAAGCGAUUUGUGGCUCGCAGGGGUAUACCAAAGAAAAUCUAUUCCGACAACUUUCUAACAUACAAGAAGGCUUCCCGAGAACUUCCUCCUAUGAUUUCCGCUCAAUUUCAAGCAGUGAAAGAAUAUGCCACCCAAACACGGAGCACAUGGGAGUUCAUAGCAGAACAAGCACCAUGGUGGGGAGGCUUUUGGGAGCGCAUGGUGCGCUCCGUCAAAGAAUCACUGCGCAGGUCGCUAGGUCGGUGCGAACUCGACUUCCAGGAGCUGUGUUGA